UAGUAAGCACAGUGAGGAAGUAUCGUUUCGAAAUAAGUAUAUAAAUACUAACUAUCGAAAAUUGUGAGGCUCAGUUGAUCGUAAAUAGGUGACCGCGCGCCAUCCUGUAAGUGAGCUCCGUUUCGGGAGAAUUGCCAGUUUGGCAGUAUGAGGGUAAUAAUAAUUCUGUGUUUUGCGACGCUGGUGUUGUCCGCACCGGCACCACAGGGGAAAAGGCAAAUUGAUUUCCUGUGGCAAAUAAAUCAAGAUGACGAACGACCGGCGUCUGUGCAGCGGAUAGAGUCGAGUACCGUAGAACCGAAAGUUACGGCUUCGAAGAUAACUCGUCCACGUGAUCCAGCGCCAGUGUACGAAGAUGACGAAGAACCGGCUGAUGUUCAGGAGGAACCCCGGGCCACCGGUCAUACUGCUAGCCCCUUGAACAUCGAUCAAGCAGAUUAUGAUGAUGACUCAGAGGAUAAUGUUAAUGAUGAUAACAGUGUACGAAACAAUGCUACAAAUAGUGAUGUGAAUCAUGAAAAUGAUGAUCAGUCGAAAUCGCGUGAUGAAGGAACAACGGAACGUUCUAUAAUUGAUACUACGAUCCGGGUAUAUGACGAAGAGGAAGUGAAUGAAAAUGCUACCGAUGUAGAAGAAGGGAAACAAUCUAAAUCAGAGCUAAUUGAACAAAAAGAAGAAGAAGAAGAAAAGGAAGAAGAAAAGGAAGAAGAAAAGGAAGAAGAAAGGGAAGAAGAAAAAGAAGAAGAAAAAGAAGAAGUAAACGAAGAAGAAGAAGAAGGCAAAGAAGAAAACAAAGAAGAAACAGAUCAGGAACAGCCAAAUACUACUAAACAAGAAAAUGAUAAACGUGAACAAGUUUCUGAGAUAAACGACAGCUAUCAAUAUGAUGAUGAAAGUUUAGAGCAGCUGACCCAGGAACAAGAGUCUACAACAGUCGCUCCUGAGUCAAACCCUGGAAUAACUGCUACUGAUGAAGGUGUUGCCAUCAAAGUGGCUGGCGGGACAAUUGUUGUCGACAAAGAUACAUUCGCAAUUCUUAGUGAAGGGAAGCCAGGGCCUGGAAAGUGGUACCGCGAUCCUCCUGGUUUUGAUGGUUCCCGUGACUACCAUGAACCAAAUCAUUAUCGGCAACAUCAUACUGUGAAGGAUGACCAAAAACCAUCUCAUGGAUAUCGUGGUCAUCAUGACCAUCCCUUCGGACCACCACCAAAUAGCCACCCUUUCGACGGACCUCCCCCGCCAUGGGUACUGGAUCAUCAAUUUCAUCACGAUCAUGUCUUCGAUCCCAAACAGCACUUCAAAUUUCGCGAUGAAUCAAGGGGCUAUCCUUUCCAUAAUAAUAAGUUUCAUCGAGACGACGAUCCAUGGAUAUCGUGGAAAACCAGUUUAUCUGCGCCGGAAGAAAAAUCGACAUGAUUGGAAAAGCUCUCUAAGUAGUGCAGUCCUACGACGAACUUGCAUUGUAGGUUUAACAUUAUUGAUUAAUUAUGUUCAUAUGAUUAUUGAAGCUAUUACUGCACGCUGUUCUUCAAUAUGAAAGACAAAUUGGAAACGUCCAACGUUGUAACUGAUCUAAUAACGAUCGCCUUCGUUAGAGAAUUAUACGCGACAAACUAGUUCCCCAAUGCAACGGAUGUUUCAAUAAAUGCUACCGGUUUCAGAGUGAAUGAUACAGUUGAAUGAAUGACGUGUGUAAGCAAUUAUAGUUGAAUAAAUUAAAACGUACGGUUUUGA